CCCUCUCCCCCUCCUCCCUCCUAUUCCUCUCUCCACCUUCCUGCUCUGUCCAGCUGUUGUUCAUCACCAAUCACUCAUCAACGGAACUCCGGACAGCUGUGGUGCAGCACACCUGAUGAUCAUCUCCACCAUAAAAGCUGGCUGCACACUCCACACCCUGCCAGAUAGUAAACUCUGCUCACGCACUCCGCUGACCCAGCUGCCUGGUUCCACCUGCUCUGUCCUCCCAUCUCCUGCAUUCUGGAUCCAGCCCUGACCAGACCUCCCCCCUGCCUCCCUCACCUUGGACCUUCUGCCUGCUCCUGGAACCCCUGCUCGUCGUGGAGGAUCUCUGCCUGCCGUGUGCCCCCCUCGGCUCUGGAAAACACCCCGCCUGUCGCCCCCCUGGAACGAGGCCCUCCUGCCUGCUCUCCGCCGCCGACCCACCCCAUGGAGAACGCCAACCGGGCCGUCGGUUCCUGGUACAGUCACCCCCCCAACCUCCCCUUUAGUUCAGUAUUUCCAGUCACCAGGUCCCCCACCCUGUCCAGCACUCCCCUUUGUUUUGUUAAUAAAAUCCACCUUUGUUCUUGCCUCAGUCCCUCGUCUGUGCUCUCUGCUCUGGUUCACCCCCACGCCGUGACAGCUUCUCAUUCAAUGGUUUUUAUUUAAUUAUUUUAUACAUUGUAGAUUAAUACUGAAUACAUCAAAACUAUAAAAGAAUACAUAUGAAAUUAUGUUGCAAACAAAGUGUUAAUCUUCAAUUUCAACCUACAAUGUAGAAAAUAAUACAAAUAAAUAAAAAAGCAUUGAAUAGUAAGGUGUGUCCAAGCUUUUUACUGGUAGUGUAUGAUCAAUUAAUAUAGAAAAGCAGGUUAUUCCAAAUUGUUCACAUACUAAUACUCACCACAAGAUCAUGGGGCAAAUGUGGUACUGUCAAACAUGAAUGACAAUGAUUCUGGCAGCAUGAGAAAAACAAAGUAAAACGGAAACCAGGAAGUCAGUGUCAGUCUUGGGGGCCUAGAUAUGAUCAGCUUUUCAAGUCCGUCUUAAAACAGUACUCAAAUGCCCAUAUAUACAGCAAAAAAAGGUUCAUGCUUAAAUUUGAAAAAAUCCCUUCCAGUAGAAGCUACACAGAGACUCUCUGAAAUGUCAAGAGAACUUUCCUAUAGAAUAAUCCAAAGCUUGCAUAAAAUCACAGUAAAGUUACCAAAUGAACUUUUUUACUCUUAGUUCUGCACUGUGAAUGGAUGUGAGAAACGCCAUUUCAUUUAACUGUGUACUACGUACACUGCAAAAUGACAAUGAAGCCGAAGUUGAACUUGAACUUCAAAAAGCAACAAAUAUGCACUUAGUAGACAGUUAUAUAGACAUUUUAUUGUGGUUUAAGGGAGAAAAACUACAGGUGUGAAAACAGCCAUAGGUGCAACCCAUCAAAGUUGCACCAAACUUAACCAUGUAGUCUAUGUUUCGCACAGAAAUUAAAAAAACAUCAUAAAAAAGUCCAACUGGAUAUUAUACAGCCUCAUCCAUAGUUGUGUGUUGGUUACUAAACAAAGAAUUGACUUCAGGAAAGUAGGUCCAGUCCUGUCUCUCAGAAGCAUGCCACUAUGGGUUUUGAUUUCAUUAAAGCAGAUCCUUUUAACAUUGACGGGGGGUUUCCAGAGCUUAAACAUAAUCAUGAAAAAAAUGAAAUCUAUGCUGGAGUCACUACAUGUGGAUCUCUGACUACAGAUAUGAUACAUAUACAUACAUAUACAAAUGUCUGAGCUCUGUGGGUCAUGCUGAAGAUUCACUCUCCACCUCCCUGGUAGAGAUUCUGGGAAACAAGUAGUCUCACAAAACAGUUGGAACCGUGCAUAUCAGGCAGCACAGAAAAUGUCAUUUCUCCAAAAAUAAAUUGCUUGUUGCAAUUUAAUUUUGACAUAAUUUCCAAGAGACAGGGUUAACAGGUCAGAUGAAGUCCACCACUCUGUGGCCAUGAACAGAACCUUCAGGAAUGUAAAACGCAUCUUAGUCUAGUCGCAGCAUUUGACUGACUUCAGCAGUGCAAAUUCCAGCACAACUGGGUUUCAAAGUCUGACAAAAGUAUAUUUUGAGUGAAUAGAAGGACAUUAAUUAAGGGAGAAUAAAAGCUUUAAGGCAUUGCAAAGGUACAUAGCUCCACUGCAGUCUGUCUGAUGCCAUCUUUUACUAUCUGGUGUGGUUGAUCUGGCCUUUUCUUCCCAAAACCACAUGCCAGUGUUUUCACCUGUCUUGCCAGAUUUUUUUUUUUUCUAUGUUGAAUUCUGAUCUGACCUACAUCGUACAGUCUUCUGAGACCGGCCUCCUCACAUUCAUGCAUCAUUCACAUUGUGUCAGGUUCAUCCUUAGACAAAGAAAAGAGAGUACAGCCAAGCAAACACAAACAAGAAUAUAGCUGAGGUUGCAGAUUUCCAAAGAGAUAAAUUCAAGCGUAUAUUUAUGAGCAUUACACUGUUUUGUGGUAAUAAAUAGCAAAUGACUGGUCAGUGUUUUGGGACUGAUGGUCCAGUCAUUCAUUCACUCACUGAGACUGUGAAAUGCUGAUUGACACCACUUUAGACACAACAGAAACCAUGUUUUUCAUCAUUCUAUCAAAUAACAAAAAUAUGACUUCCUCAUUCUAGCACCAGUCAGACUGGGAAAUGCCACAGGGGUGACAUCUGAUGCGGGAAACAUUCUUCACAGUUCCACUUCAACAGGUUUCAUGCAUGUGCUGUCACUAGCACCUCCCAAAUUCCAUUUCUGAGACAUUAAGAAUGAAACUUCAGAGGUAUGUUUUUUCACUCGCACCAGCCAAGAUGCAUAUGUGUCGUCUGCUGAGGCUCCUGUCAGCCCUGACGGUGCUGAGCAGCUUCCCGGCUGCUGUGGAUGGAUGUGACGUUGCUGAGUCGGUUUGCGGAGCCCAGGCUCCCGGAGAUGUUGUCAUAGGUAUCAUGUUGCCAAGCCAUGGUAAAGUGAAGGCGGUUCAUGAACGGAUCACACCUGAAAACUUUGACUGCUCAGAGUUUGUUCUAUCAUCAUUCGUAAGGUCCUUGGCAGUAAUCCAUGAAAUUGAGGAGAUUAAUGCAGCUGGUUUCCUCCCUGGAGUGCGUCUCGGAUAUCUGAUGUGUGACACAUGUUCGUAUGCAAGCAGAGCGUUGCAGAAUGUAGAUCACAUGCUGGCAAUCAACGGCUCUCUAGAUGUGAAGUGCAACUACACCGACUUCAGGCCGAGAGUCAAGAUUAUCAUAGGAGCUCGAUACUCAGAGGUGUCCAUCGCAGUGGCCAGACUGCUGAAUGUGUACAUGGUCCCUCUGCUGAGCAGCUCAUCAUCUUCACCACUCCUGAGUGAUAAGCAGCGCUUCCCAGUUUUCAUACGUACUGUACCAAGUGAUAUACAUCAGACCAAAGCUUUGGCCAAAAUGAUGGCUUACUAUGAGUGGAACUGGGUCGGGGUUGUGUAUGGGGACGAUGACUAUGGCAAAGCAGCUUUCCAGAGCUUUCUUAGGGAUGCAGAGGCAAAUGAUGUUUGUGUGGCCUACCAGGAAGUGUUGCCUCAUUAUCUUGAUCAUUCCAACAGCGAGGAGCGUAUAAAACAGGUUGCCCAAAUGAUCCGCUCUUCCAAAGCCCAGGUAGUACUGCUAAUUCUCAAAUCAGAGCUUGUGAUGGCCCUCUUCAAGGAAAUGGUUAAGACCAACACAUCUAGGGUUUGGAUUUCCAGUGAUGCCUGGUCCAGGAGCUCAUCCAUUGCCCACAUGGAGGACAUCAACAAGGUUGGGGACAUCUUGGGUUUUACCUUUGUUUCCUCCAAGAGUGAAUCGUUUGAUAAUUAUCUCAAGAAUCUUACAGUAACCCCAGGAGGACACAACCACUUCAUUGAAACAUACAAGAACCUGAGGUUCAACUGCUCCUCAGUAUGUUUCUCAAGCAAUCCUCCAUCCUACUGUGCUGAUCUCCUGAGAUUUAAAUCUCACAAUGCAUGCAAAUUCAGUGACCCCCAAGAGCAAAAUGAUGAUUAUCUUGUAAAGGCAACUGAUACAAGUGAACCCUUCCUGCACAGAGUGUCUGUCUGGGCUGUGGCAAAUGCUCUGAAAAAGCUGCUAAAGUGCAACAGUUCCACAUGCUCAGGGGAAACUAACUUUCCACCAUGGAAGCUGCUGAGAGAAUUGAAAGAAGUUAAGUUUGAGUUCCAGAACCAAACGUUCUCCUUUGAUGAACAUGGUGACUUCGUAAAUGGUUAUGAUUUGGUUAGGUGGGAAAAGGAUGGUCUACGCAGAAGAAUUCAAAGAUUUGGGAGCUACCAUAUCCCUGAUGAAAAAAUAGAACUUGAUGUCAGAGAAACCACCUGGCUUUCAACAGAUAAUACAUCGACCCCUCAGUCCAGAUGCUCUGAAAGCUGCCCUCCUGGUUCGGUAAAGAAGAUCUUGAACAUGUCCUGCUGUUAUAACUGCACCAAGUGCGAGGAGGGGACCUAUUCAGAUGCUUGGGAUCUCCAUAACUGCAAGAAGUGUCCCAAUGAAACUUGGUCUCUGAAGGGUUGGACGGAAUGCAAGCCAAGAUCGGAGAUUUACCUGCGUUGGGGUGAUCCUCAUCCGAUCACCAUCAUAGCAGCCGCUGCCUUCGGUGUUUUGCUCUUAAUCAUCACCUUCAUUAUAUUUUUAGUGUACAGAAACUCCCUACCCAUGAAAAAAGCUGAGGUGAGAUUGUCCUGUGUGAUGAAGUUUGGUCUGGCAGUGAGCUUUGCAAGUGUGAUAUGCUUCAUGGGUGAGCCCACUGUGCACCUCUGCCGGGCUCGCCAGGUCAUGUAUGCCAUGGGUUUCACUCUGUGUGUGUCCUGCAUCCUAGUUAAGGCCUAUCGUACCUUCCUGGCUUUCCUGCCCUUUGGUCAGAUCACAAACAGGCAACUACACAAACUUUACAAGCCACCCGUGAUUGUCAUUGUGUUGACUGCUCUACAGGGGAUCAUCUGUCUUUUCUGGCUGAUCUUUGAUUCUCCUGAUAUUGACGACAAGCCUCCAUCCCCACAAAGCAUGAAGAAAAUAAUACAGUGUUCAGAAGGAAAGACAUACAUAGGUUUUGGGAUUAUGCUGAGCUACAUAGCUCUACUAGCUUUGGUUGGUUUUCUUUUGGCUUUCAAGGGCAGGAAGGUUCCCCAGGAGUUCAGUGAAACAGGUUACAUCAUUUUUAGCAUGCUGAUGUACUUGUUCGUAUGGGUGUGUUUCAUCCCAGUCUAUAUUACCAGUACUGAAGAGAGCACUACUGUGCAGCCUUCAGCCAUUCUAGUAUCCAGCUACGGCGUCAUUUUCUGUCAUUUCUUACCCAGGUGCUACGAAGCACUUUGGGGGUCAAAGACCGAUACACUAGAGAGUAUCCUGAGGAGAUGGCGAGUCAUCUCCGGUCCAAGUGUUGAUUUAACACCACAAACAGACAAAGAUACCCCUACGAUGAACACAGCCUCAGAAAACAGUACCAGGGCUUCAGUGUCAAGUAUUUCAACUGUAGUGAUGAGCUCAGAGACACUAACUGUUGUCAGCCCUACUGAUACAGAAAUGGCCAUAAGUCCUAUGUCUAAAGAAAAGAUUCAUCCCUAUCCACUGUUUACUAGGCAAGUAACAAAACUGAGAAACAGACGCAGGAGUCUGUCCUUUUAAAAAUGGUUCCAGGGGAAUUUACUUUGUACAGAUGUGUGUUUUGCUUUUCCAGUUGUUUAAGAGAUCUUUUGUUCAGAAAAUCCAUGUAAAUAUGUUUUCUACUGAAAACUGUUGUAUACUUCUAUAUGCAGAAGACUAAAGAUAAUUAAUUUGUUUCGUUUACAGCAAAAAAUUUUUUAAUACUUGUUUGUGAAUUGUUUUUUACGUGCACUGUUUUUCAUUCAUUGUAACACAAAGACGGCAGCUUGAGAGGUCAACAGGAUGACAACAAAGACUAGCUAUACUUGAUCUGGCAUUGUUUGUCUGAAGGUGGUGGAAAGUUACACAUGGUGUGAAUGAUGUGUAAAUGCAUCUUAUGCAGUCAUAUUUUUUAUGUAUUUAUUUUAUUUUUGAUAUGAAAUUAACUCUGCCUUUUAUAUGUAAUUGUGUGUUUGAACAUUUUAAAUGGAUCAGUGUAAAUAUUGUAUCAUCAUUUUUCACAGAGUGACCUGUUUGACAACAAUAAACGUUUCCUCCAUUA